AGUUUGCGGAGCCGAGCCAGGUUACUGCGCCUGCGCGCUCCGGCUCCGCCCCCACGCCGCUUUCGGAGGCCUAGAGCCUGGAGACCGCCGUCGCUUAGCAACGCGGGAGUCACAGUCGCGGCUCUCCACGCACCUCUUUCCUAGCAGGGCUUAGUGCCUGAUCUUCGCGUGAGGCUCCUCGCUGCCUCGUGUCAGGCCGUGGGAGCCCAUGGAGGGAAAGGAGGAUAAGCGGCAACAGCAUAAAAAAAUAGAAGAUGCUGGUAUAGAGUAUGUAACUGAAAAAAAAGAAGAAAUCAAAUAUGAUGAAAAACCCGGGAAAAGUGUACAACGUUCAAAACCAUGUGUCGGGAGAGGACGUGUAUAUUAUGCAAAAUUCAUUCAUACAAAUGCAAGAACAUUGAAUGAACCAGUUCCUUACAUAGAUCCCCAAAAAGGGCCAGAAAAACAGGGUGACUGGUGGUCGCACAGUAAAGGAAUGGAACACCCCUUCCAACCACCUUAUGACACUAAGAGCACUCAGAGGAGUGACUUUCAAAAACCAACAUGUCCAUUGGUUUUGCCAGUCAAACACAGCAAGUUGCAAAAGCCUUCUUGUGGAAUAGUUCCACUUGCCUCUCCUGAAGCAUCAGCAGAACUUCAAAAGAAUUUUAUAGAACACAUCUCUUAUUUACAUCAAUACGAUGCUAGGAAAAGUCCCAAUGAGCCCAUCCCGGGAAAGCGACAUGGAGCUUUUGUGCAGACAGAGAUAAAACCAGGGAGUAGGCCAAUAGUUCCUACGGGAACAGAGGUAUUACGGAACGCUGCGGGGUCAUGCUCAUCAGAACAGUCCAAAAAAACAGAGAAAGGAAACUCAGCGGAAAGCAAAAUGAUCUCACCAGGUCUCUGCCGACAAAAUUCCCCAGAGCUGUUAGAGACUAAAACUCACUUAUCAGAAACAGACGUCAGAGGGGCAGCCAAGGCAUGCCCCAGAAGUCCUGAGAGAAGAGAGAAGGCUGCAGACACCUUCCAAAUAACUGUAGUAAAUGCUCUUCUCCCCAGGCAUGAUCCUUUAAAUCCACAAAUAAAAAGCCAGAAUAAAUCAGGAUAAAUUACCUUCUUCAGAUGAAAAUCUAAUCCUUGGAAUGUAGACAAAUUUCAGAAUCACCAUACAAGCCCUCACAGUUGCUUUUUCUGUUAUCAAUAAACUAAAGAAAUUCAAUUUACAUAAAUGGGAAAAUGAAAAAAAAGACAAUUAAAAUACACCAGAAAUUUAA